CGCAGAGGCCGACACCGGUAGCUAGCUAGUAGCUAGAUGUGAAGAAGGAGAAGAAGGAGAAGAAGUGGCGUAGGACUAUGGACCCGGUGAACAAUGCUGAGACAGGAGAGACAGAAACCGAACUGGAGCCGUGCUACGUUCUCAUUCCGAAAGAAACACGAUGCAAGAAGAAGGAGCAGGAAAAACUGUCCGGAGUCGUCAAGAACGUCCAUAGAAAGCUGCGAAGAAAAUACCGAGAAGUGGGUGAUUUUGAGAAGAUCUGGCGGGAGCACUGUGAAGAUGAACAGACUCUGAGUGAAUACGCCCUGGCCAUGAGGAACCUGGCUGACAACCACUGGGCCAAGACCUGCGAGGGAGAGGGACGCAUCGAGUGGUGUCGCAGUGUUUGCCAGGAGUAUUUCCUGGCUGGUGGGAUGAAGAGAAUGUUGGAGAAGGAUGAGAAGAGUGCCAGGCUUGCCAUGGCCAUGUCGGCCACAGCGCUGAGUGACCAGCCCUAUAGCUCCUCUAUCCCCAGGUCCAUCCCCCAGCUUGGUAAAAUGCGGCUGCUGGAUGUUGGCAGCUGUUUUAACCCCUUCCUGAAGUUUGACGAGUUCCUCACAGUCGGUAUUGACAUAGUGCCUGCGGUCGAGAGUGUAUACAAGUGUGACUUCCUCAACCUCCAGCUCCAGCAGCCUCUGCAGCUGGCUGGCGACGCUGUCGAAGCCUUCCUGAGACAGCUGCGUAGCCCCAUCGACGCCCUGCCCGCCCAGCUCUUCCACGUGGUAGUCUUCUCCCUGCUCCUCUCCUACUUCCCCUCGCCUUACCAGCGCUGGAUCUGCUGCAAGAAGGCCCACGAGCUUCUGGAACUGCACGGCCUGCUGCUCAUCAUCACCCCAGACUCCUCCCACCAGAACCGCCACUCCCUCAUGAUGCGCAGCUGGCGCGUGGCGGUGGAGUCGCUUGGCUUCAGGCGUUGCAAGUACAUCAAGUUCUCCCACAUGCACCUCAUCGCCUUCCGCAAGGUGUCCCUGGCCACCACCAGCGACCUGGUCAGUCGUAACUACCCCGAGAUGCUCUACAUCCCUCAGGACUUCCAAUCCCCCGAGGAGGAGGACUACACCGAUGUGCCAGUUCAGGCGCGCUCCGACUUCGAGGAUGACCAGCUGGCGUGGGGCUUCACGGAGCUGCCCGACACACCAUAUGACUCAGAUAGCGGAGAGAGCCAGAGCAGCUCUGUGCCCUUCCUACACGAGCUGGAGGACCCCAUUCUGCUGCAGAGCUGAGCUAGACCAGCUAAAACCCUACUAGCUACUCUCUUCUCUUUUACCAGUUUCAAUUCAAUCCCUACCACUCCUCUUGGCCAUAACCCUUCAAUGUUUGCAGAUCUGGUAGGUGGAAGCAAUAUGGGUGAAGCUUUACUGCCACACUGCUUAUACCUACCCAGAGCCUUCAGACAUGCAACAUGGAGUGGUUAGGGCCAAGGGGGAGGGAUAGGGAGCGAUUUGAGACAGUCUGUCUGUACCCUACUGCUGCGCUACCAAAUGAACCUGCUGCAUUCUUCUCACACUCCUCCUCUUCUCCCUUAACUAAACAAUGCAGUUUGCACAGAGUGAAAGAAAAAGACGUUUACAGAAGUCCGUUUAUUUUUCCAUGGUUAGUCGCUCAAUAUACACACACACACACACACACACACUUCAAUAAAUGAAGUAGUUUUUUAAAAUAAAGACUUGGUAGCUGAAUGCCCUCAGGAUAGACAGCGUUAGUCUGCCCCUUGCUUUUUAUCCCAUCUUUGAUCUGUCACACUCUACUAACAGAAGAAAACCAAUCUUUACUCCUUCAAAGGCUUUGUCUUAGUAGUUAAACAGUGAAUGUGCUUCAGUGCCAGCAAGCCGCUGACUUUAAAUCCCUCUUAAAUAGACUGAUACCACAGAGGGUUGUCAAGUUUGGUUGGAGUGGAGAGAUUGAGAUGUUAGUCAGGCGCGGCUAGACUUUCUCUAAUUCUUGGUGUGCAUUUAAUUUCCCCCCAAAAUAAAGAAAAAUACAUUGUUGUACUCAGCCCCCAAAAAUGGAUUUGUUCCCUUUUGAACACUGGUCUUGUCCAACACGAUGUGUGAAAACUGCGUUUAAUUCAGCAUAUUUUUUUGGCUGAUUUAAUGUCUCUUACAAUAGAGAUUUAUAGCAUUUUCAGAACUUUAAGAUAGGCGUACGUAAUUACUUUUACUAAUGUGAAACUUAACAGUGUUUUUCUCAUAGUGUAACAUGGUACGAGUUGCGAAAUAGUCAUUGCUCUCUUUUCUGUGCUGGUGUGAAGAAACUGCUGUUUAAAUCAAUGUUAAUUUACCUUCAACGUUGUAACCCAGAAGAUUUAGCAUUUUUCAUUACAUCCUUAUUUGUAAUCAAACUUUUUUUUUAGGAACAAUAUGUAGGCUACAUUAUCAGAUCAAUAAUAGGUCUGUAUUAAUGUAUUUGCUUCUUUAUAGGUACUGGUAACAUAUUCUGAAAAAUAAUACUGCCCACGCUCUGUGUCCUUGAUCAAGGCACUUAACCCUAAUUUACUCCCAGGGGCACUCUACUACUAUGGCUGACCCUUUUAAAACAACACAUUUCACUGCACCUAUCUGGUGUAUGUGGCGAUAAAAUAUAUUAUCUUAUUAUUAUGUCCACUGAAGUGAAACGGGUCGACCAAGAGACUACCGCUCUAGCUGUCACAGUUGCUGUUCAUCUCUCUUCCUUUACUCUACUUCGUAUCUGAGGAGAGAAACAUUUGCCUUAAGCAUUUUUACAUUGACAUUUUAGUCAUUUAGCAGACUGUCUUAUCCAGAG